AUGGUUGGGUCAGGCAGUUUUGGUACUGUGUUUAAGGCUUUGCUGCCGGCAGAGAACAAGAUUGUUGCAGUGAAAGUUUUAAACUUAAAGAGACGUGGAGCGAUGAAGAGCUGUAUGGCAGAAUGUGAAUCCUUGAAAGACAUAAGGCAUCGUAAUCUUGUGAAACUAUUGUCAGCUUGCGCUAAGGAUGUGGAAGAGAUUCGUAGGCCUUCAAGAACCUUGACACUUCUUGAAAGGCUCAAGAUUUCCAUAGACGUGGCUACUGUGUUGGACUAUCUUCAUGUUCAUUGCCAUGAACCUAUAGCUCAUUGUGAUCUUAAGCCAGGAAACGUCCUUUUAGAUGAUGAUCUGACCGCCCAUGUUAGCGACUUUGGUCUCGCUCGUCUUCUCCUCAAGUUUGACCAGGAGUCCUUCAUGAACCAACUAAGCUCAGCUGGUGUCAGAGGAACUAUUGGCUAUGCCGCACCAGAAUAUGGAAUGGGAGGACAACCAUCAAUACACGGUGAUGUGUAUAGCUUUGGGGUUCUCCUUUUGGAAAUGUUCACUGGAAAACACCAACCAAUGAGUUAUUUGGAGGAAACUUCACCCUGCACAACUACACCAAAUCGGCGUUGCCAGAGCAAGUCUUGGACAUUGUCGACGUAUCGAUUCUUCACAGUGGUGCUGUGGAGAAUCCCCGAUCAACCGGUUGGCAACGAGUGA